AGGGGGCACUCGCUGGCCCGUGACGGCUCGUGGUGGCCCUGGCACCCGCUGUUGUCACCACCCGCCACACAGUCUCCAGGCUCCCGCUCCACAGCUCCAGGACUGUUGCAGGGACCAUGCAGAUCCUGACGAGCCCAGCCCAGCUGCAGCGCCUGGAGGGCAUCCUGAAGAAGAGCCUGCCCCUCGCCCUGCCGGUGUACGGGGCAGUGCUGAACAUAACCCGGGGGAACCCGGGCGACUCCGAGGUGCUGGUGGACAAGUGGCCCGAUUUCGGCGCCGUGCUGGCCCGUCCCAGAGGAGAGGUGCCAGUGAACGACAGCUACUGGAACACGCAGACAGCGUUCUACCGGGAUUUGGGGGCGUACCGGGCGCUGCUGGAGACCCCCGGGUGCCAGCGCUGGGACUCUGCCUUCAUCAUCAUCGGGCUACAGGACGGGGUGACCACGGUGUCGCAGGACCUGGCGAGGGCCAAAGGCGUGGAGCUGGACAUCACCGAGUACUACACCUACAUGCACCCCGACCCCAGCACCAUGCCCGAGCCCCGGCUGGACCCCGGCGUGCGGCUGGGCUCCCUGCUCCCCUCGCACGUGGACCUGCUGAACGAGACGUGGCCCUACGGGGGCAACGCCCGCAGCCGGCGCUACCUGGCCGAGCUUUUGGGGCGCUUCCCCCACGUGUGCGUGCAGGACGGCGCCGGGGAGCCCCUCAGCUGGGUGCUGACCGACCAUUUCGGGACGGGCGCCCACGGCUUCACGCUGCCCGCGCACCGCCGGCGCGGCUACAUGCGGGUGGCACUGACGGUGGCGGCGCGGCGGGCGCAGGCCAGGGGGUUCCCCACCUAUGGGCACACGGCGCUGCAGAACGGGCCCAUGCAGCAGCUGCAGGAGCUGCUGGGCCACCAGCGCCUGCCCGGCAUCUGCCGCUACAUCCUGCACAACCCCGGCGUGGACAAGGACGGGCCCUGAAGCCCCGCCGGCCCCUGCCCGGGGCGGGGGUGUCACCGCCCCGCUGGACAGGGGAGAAAAGCCAGCCCCGAAUUAAAGGGUGUUGUGGGGUCUCUGA